GUUUUCGUUAUGAUAAAUAUUCAUUUUACUUAGCCCUAAAAAGGCUAAAAUUAAUGUCUCUUUAUCAUUUACUAUUUUUGUUUCUCCUAUGCAUGGAAAUGGACGGCGACUAUUGACUACGAAAUAAUCCACAAGUCAAGCUACGGUAUGGGUACUUUCUCUACAAAUACGAAUGCUGUGUUAGUUGUUGGCUCUAUCGUCAAUGGCGACCAUGAUCGGCAAUAUCAGUCCCUCCGCCGGCAGAUCGCCGAUCUUCAUCGACGCACCGACAAUCCGGUCAGUUCUCCCCUACCGAUCCCUAAUUAACCACCUCCAAACAUCUCUCGCUGCUGCCUCCUCCGUAAUCCAAUCCCCGAUUCGCCAUUCGCACCAAACGUCCUCGUCAUCCACCCUCCUCCUCAUGCCCUCAUGGUCUCUCUCCUCAACGACCCUCCCCUACAUCGGCGUCAAACUAGUCACAACCCAUCCCAACAACUCCGCCCUAAACCUACCUGGAGUCCAUGCCAGUUACGUCCUCUUCAACUCCGUCACCGGCGAAACCCUAGCAUCAAUGGACGGAACCGAACUCACUCUCCGCCGUACAGCAUGUGUCUCCGCCGUCGCCUCACACUAUCUCUCCAACAAAAACUCUCGAGUUUUGCUAUCUGUCGGCGCCGGAUCGUUAGCUCCGCACUUGAUCAAAGCUCACCUAACAACACGCCCGGGCAUCAAUCAUGUCAUGAUCUGGAACCGAACUUCACAAAAAUCGAAAAAACUGGUGGAAGAAAUCGGUAAGGAAAGCGGAAUGGAAGGCGUACGGUUUGAAGUUUGUGAAGAUAUAGCUCCGGCGGCGGCAAUGGCGGAUAUAGUGAGCUGUGCGACGAAUUCCGAGACGCCGCUGGUUUUGGGGAAGUGGUUGAAGGCAGGAGCGCAUUUGGAUCUGGUUGGAUCGUAUAAGCCGUCGAUGAUGGAAUGUGAUGAUGAAGCUGUGAAGAGAGGUAGGGUUUUUGUGGACAAUGAAGCGGCGUUGGUGGAGGCCGGAGAGUUGGUGGGAGCGUUUGAGAGAGGCGUGAUGAAGGAAGAUGAAGUUGCAGGUGAUCUGGUAGGGUUGAUUAAAGGGGAGAAGAUUGGGAGAAAAGAGGAAAUCGAGAAUACUGUGUUUGUAUCAGUUGGGUCAGCCGUUGUAGAUCUGUUGAGUGCUCAAUUAGUAUACGAGACCAUAACAACCAAACGGAGUAAUUAAUGACAUGAUACAACAACAAUACAAUAAAAUUAGAUGAUUGUUAAAGUGUUGGCUUACAAUCUUUGUAGAUUAUAAAGAAUGAUGAAAACAAGCAGCAAAAAAUGGCUUGCUAUGUACACAAUAAGCACAAAGGUUUGCCUACGAUUUUUAUUAGAGUUCUGUUUGAUGUGCU